GCCAAGCUCAGCCAGAAAACAGCACGAAGCACUCCGUCCAAACUACCCCGCGUGCCCCGCAUUCGCAGAUAGCCUGACAUAGUAAGGUACCUCGUAAAUGCUCGGAGACAGUCGGGCCUUUUGUGGAAUCGUCUUUCAGUGCUCCACGACGGCAAUGGCAUCACCAAGCACAAGUACCGAGAUGUAUAUAAAGAACUGGUCGGCAGGGCUCUCAAAAUAGUUGAGCGUAGGUUGUCAGCCAUGAAGUCCCUCAACCAUGCUCUGAGCACUAUUCUGGUUGCCAUAACUCCAGCGUUCGCAAAUUAUUCAGCGCCUCCUUCGGAAGUUCCCUUAUAUGGGCUUAGUUCUCCCGUGUACCCUACACCCCAAGGCAAUGGUAGCUCUUCGACCGAAUGGGCUACUGCAUAUUCCAAAGCACGGGAAAAUUUGAGUCAAUUGAGCCUAGAAGAAAAAGUAAAUUUAACUCGAGGCUACGAUGGACUAUGUGUUGGGAAUACUGGCUCCGUUCCACGCUUGAACAUAGGGCCCAUCUGCUUCGCUGACGCGCCGGACGGUAUUCGUGGAACCGAUUUUGUCUCUGCAUUUCCUUCACAGCUCCAUUUGGCUUCCACUUGGGACAAAGAUCUGAUGUAUGCCUACGGCAAGGCAUUAGGUGAAGAGUAUCAUGACAAAGGAAUCAAUGUUGCCUUAGGGCCUGUAGCUGGCCCGCUUGGCCGCAUUGCUCGUGGCGGCAGGAAUUGGGAAGGGUUGUCUUCAGACCCUUACCUUGCAGGUGCAGGGAUGUCAAAAGUCACAAGCGGCAUGCAAAAAGCUGGUGUGAUAGCCGUUGCUAAGCAUUUCUUGUUGAAUGAACAAGAAUACCGUCGUCAACCUAACCAGACCGAUACACCACCUGGCGAGGCCAUCUCUUCGAAUGUAGAUGACAAAACUCUGCACGAGCUUUAUGCUUGGCCAUUUUACGAUGCACUCUAUGCGGGCGCAGCCUCAGUUAUGUGCUCGUACCAACGAGUGAAUAACUCAUAUGCUUGCCAAAACUCCAAGUUGUUGAACGGCAUCUUAAAGACCGAGAUGGGAUUCGAGGGCUUUGUUGUUAGCGACUGGAAAGGGCAGCACUCUGGCGUGGCUUCAGCUAACUCAGGACUCGACGUUGUCAUGCCUGAUGGCGGCUACUGGGGCGAAAACCUGACACAGGCUGUCAACAACGGAUCCGUAUCUACCGAUCGAUUAGAUGACAUGGUGACACGCCUAAUUGCUGCGUACUAUCACCUGGGUCAGGAAGAAUAUCCUAAUGUGGGCGUCUUUUCCGACGCAAUUCAGCAUCCAAUAGUGGACGUCCGGGCUGACCAUGCAAAGCUCAUCCGGGAAGUUGGCGCUGCUGGUCAGGUACUUGUCAAGAACAUCAACAAUGCCUUGCCUUUAAGUGCUCCGAAAUUCGUGAGCAUAUAUGGAUUCGAUGCGGAAAUCAACGCACAACCCUGGGAAACCGUGGCUCGUUAUGGUGGUGGCUAUGAUGUUAACUUCGGAUGGAACACAUUCAACGGGACCCUUAUUACUGGCGGUGGCUCAGGCGGUAGUUCACCUCCCUACAUAAUCAGCCCCUUCAAAGCCAUCCAAGACAGAAUCAUCAAGGACCACGGUAUACUUCGCUGGAAUUUAUGGUCACGAAACCCUCAUGUUUCCGCUACAACUGAGGUAUGCCUAGUUUUCAUCAACAACUAUGCAUCGGAGUCAUUUGAUCGGCCCUCUCUCACUGACGAGUUCAGUGAUGAUCUCGUAAAUAACGUGGCAACAAACUGCUCCAACACCAUCGUAAUUGUUCACUCGGCAGGCAUACGCGUAGUAGAUUCAUGGAUUGACAACGAAAAUGUCACUGCCGUCAUUUUGGCCGGUACACCCGGCCAGGAGAGCGGGAACAGCCUGGUCGAUAUUCUUUAUGGCGACGUCAGUCCAAGUGGAAAAAUACCUUAUACCAUCGCAAAGAAAGAAGAAGACUAUGGGCACCUGCUCAACUCAACAGUGGAUUUGAGCUUCUUCCCUCAGUCAGACUUCGUCGAAGGCCUAUAUAUCGAUUAUCGAGCCUUUGAUAAAAAUGGUACGGAACCCCGGUUCGAGUUUGGAUAUGGCCUCACUUACACGAAGUUCGAAUACUCAAAUGUCGAGGUUGCUUCAACUGGAGGAAACACAGGCAACUUCCCACCUGCUGCAACGGUUGUCCAAGGCGGCCACCCUAGGCUUUGGGAUACACUCUUCUAUGUUUCCUGCGAUGUCCAGAACGUGGGUAACUACACGGCUUCUGAUAUCCCGCAGCUCUACGUGGGGAUACCCACUGCGCCCGAGAGGCAGCUUCGGGGCUUUGACAAAGUACCACUCGAACCAGGCCAAAAGUCGAAGGUGUCUUUCCCGUUGACGAGGCGGGAUCUGAGUGUUUGGAAUGUGACGGCUCAACAAUGGGAGUUGCAGUCUGGAAGCUAUCCAAUCUGGAUUGGAUUGAGCAGCCGAGAUUUGAAACUAAAUACUACUCUAACGCUAUAGUCUAGACAAGUUGGCAUUAGGAGUAGUCUCAAAUUCAGAAGAAGAAUCGACCACCGUGGUUUCAC